AUGGAAAAGAGCCCAAGGAAAAAGGAAUAUAUAUCAAAUGGCAAAAAUGCAAAAAGAAAGCAGGCAGAAGCAACAGCAGAAGACGAGGAUGAGGACGAUCUCCACUGCUUCGAUGCCUCAAAGUUUGCUCGAAUACGGACCAACGCCGACUCCACCGAAACAAGGAUGCAUACGGAGUAUGUAUCUUUUUCUGCAGACUUCCUGCGUCCAAGGGCAGGCAGUUGGAGGACUUAG